UUGGUGAGGCGUGAAAUUUUUCUACAGCGUGGGACGACUUACAGACUUAUCAAACUAAAACCAGUGUUUAAAAGUUUAGAUAACAGAGUAUUUCAAUGCCAGUGAGUGCUAUCACUAUCAUUUAUUUCCUGCGCUCCCGAGGACUGUUGUAACUGUUACAAAACCUGACAUUAGCUCCUUCACAUCCUCGGUGAAUCCCCCACAUGUUCCACAUGACAUAAUAUGAUAACAUUGCAUCAGGUUGAGCAGAGUUACGUCAGCCCUAGUUGCAGCCUCCAAACAGGAGAUGGCCAAUUACAGGCCACUUCAGUAUGCAAAUAGGAACUUUGGACUUUUUUUUUUUUCCACCCAAAUAAAUACAGACACACACGCGUACACAGGGAUUCCAUAUGCAAACCCUCACCCCGACCGAUCAUGCUUUUAGUCCCUCUCCUCUGCUGGGCUGUGCUCACACUCCACACUACAGCCACUUGUUACCAUCUGCAGCGGACAUCCUUACCCUCCGGUCCCGACGCAGCCGAGCCAGGAACUCCAACACGGCUCGAAGCAAAAAGCUAUUUCAUCAGCCGAGACAGAGCUCCGGAACCUGUUCGUCAAGGUUCAGAAGGUCACUUCGGAUACUGGAAGGACCCGGAUACAAACUGCUUCUCGGUCCUCAAUGUAAAAAGUCGUGCGUUCUUAUGCUUGGACUCCCAAGGAAAGUUGUACACCUCAGUACAGGACAGCGAUAAGGACUGCAGGUUUCACCGCAUCAAAAGACACAAACGUUACGACGUGUUUGACUCCUGCAGGGGCGACGUGCUACUGCUCAGGCGGCGACGAGCCAAAAUAGGCGCCCGCAAUUCGCCAAAGCCGUCAGGCUAUGUGUUCUUCCGGCAACAGAAAAAUCAUACGUACCGCAGAAAGAGAAGCGGUUGGCACACCGACCCGUCCGACCCGCUGGGAUUCGAGUAUCCGCAUUUAGGCGCGAUGAGAAACUGGAGGAGCGACCCGGAGCAUGGUGGUAACGUCUCGAAGGAGACCAUUGCGUUAGUGGAUGAUCCUUUAGAGGUGUUGCUUUCACAUAAUCCACCACCGCCUACUCUGGAAAAACACUGGGGAAACAGAAAAAUGAGAUUCUGAGUGGAGAGUCACCAUACCUUCACUACCUGGGAUUGCGAUUUCACUGUUGUACAGCCAUACCAUGUUGAAUACUUGAUUCAGAAGGUGCCGAUUUAUCCUCUGUAAAAGAAGCUCUGAUAGAAAAAAAAAACAUAUCACAGGUUUAGAUCCCUGCACUCGUUCGCUAAAACAUAAGAACGGCUUACACAGGGACUUGCUUGCUCAUGGAAGGAGUCUCCAGUGUCAGCACUUUGUAACAUUAGGAUGACGGGGAAAGAAAAUUUGGAAUUAUUACAAUUAUUACAAGUACUGUGCAAACAAAGAUGCAUUAAUGAAAGCAAUAAACAGUAUUAAUGUAAACAUCGGCAAUAGUAAACGUAACAACUUGCCCAUGUUUAAAAAUGCGUAAGGGGUCUCAGGUAGAUGUUGUGCAGUUCGAUAAGGAAACGAUCAAAAGUUAUCCGUCAAUUUUCAAGGGUCAGACCGAUGGCCAAAGCCACAGGAGACACAUGGAGACUCCAUAAAAUAAACCUUUAAGACCAAACGCAAGACCAAAUGAUGACCUUUUAGACUUUUGCACAGUACUGUAUGUAUCUGUAACAUAAGCAUUAACCUGUUCUAUGGGCAUUUCAACAAAAGUAACUAUAACUUGACUUGGAUUAAACGUAGAGCUUUACGUUCUACCUUUAUAAGUAAGUAAGCUCGUGUCACUGUAAUAUUACACAUUUGUAACACUAACUCGGCUUCUCGUAUAGAGUGUUUUAUUUCUGAUUUAUCUGCUGUAAGCUGCAAGCUCUAUGACGUGACAUGUGACAAGUUCACCUGGCCUGAGUAGGUCAGUUAUUGUCCUUUCACCUAAUUUACUAAGUUAAACAGCAUCUGUGUUUCGUAUGUGUAUUAGAGCAUAGUUCAUUUAUGACACACAGUCAUAGAGUGCAACACUGAAAGCAAAAACUGAUUUAAAAAAAAAUAUGCAUAGUUUGUUUUUAUUUUUUUUAUAUAUAAUUUUAAGUUGUUUUCCAAAUAAUGAUUAAUCUUUUUAAACUAUUAUAAAUGGCUCAAAUGGUGCUGGACACUUUUAUAUACUUAUUUAUUUGUGUGUUUAUAUCAUAUAUGACAUUUUAUACCUAAGCUUAAUAUCUUAAAAAGUCAAUAAUAUGUUUAUCU